ACUGAGCUCCUAGCGUCGGAUCAGGAAGUGGCGGGUGGAGUCCCCGGCUGAGUCGCUUCCUCAGCCGCCGCCGCCGCCGCCGCCAGUGGCGAGACCCCGACCUGGCGGGUCAGCGCUGGGCGUGCGUGCGGGCAGGCGGGGGCGCUGACGAGGAGCAGGAAGCGGCGGCCGCGCCGGCGUGGGCGGCUGGCCGAAGCGGAGGCGCAGCGAGGCGGCGGCGGGUCGCGUUAGGCUGCCCAGCUCGCUGAGCAUUAUGGAUCCAAGCCUGUUGAGAGAAAGGGAGCUGUUCAAAAAACGAGCUCUUUCCACUCCUGUAGUAGAAAAACGUUCAGUAUCUUCUGAAUCAUCAUCAUCAUCAUCCAAGAAGAAGAAAGCAAAGGUAGAACAUGGAGGAUCAUCGGGCUCUAAACAAAAUUCUGAUCAUAACAAUGGAUCAUUUAACUUGAAAGCUCUAUCAGGAACCUCUGGAUAUAAGUUUGGUGUUCUUGCUAAGAUUGUGAAUUACAUGAAGACACGACAUCAGCGAGGAGAUACGUAUCCUCUAACUUUAGAAGAAAUUUUGGAUGAAACACAACAUUUAGAUAUUGGGCUCAAGCAGAAACAAUGGCUAAUGACUGAGGCAUUAGUCAACAAUCCCAAAAUUGAAGUAAUAGAUGGGAAGUAUGCUUUCAAGCCCAAGUACAACUUGAAAGAUAAGAAGGCCCUGCUUAGGCUCUUAGAUAAGCAUGACCAGCGAGGAUUAGGAGGGAUUCUUUUAGAAGACAUAGAAGAAGGACUGCCCAAUUCCCAGAAAGCUGUCAAGGCUUUAGGGGACCAGAUACUAUUUGUAAAUCGUCCUGAUAAGAAGAAAAUACUUUUCUUCAAUGAUAAGAGCUGUCAGUUUUCUGUGGAUGAAGAAUUUCAGAAACUGUGGAGGAGUGUCACUGUGGAUUCGAUGGACGAGGAGAAAAUUGAAGAGUAUCUGAAGCGACAGGGUAUUUCUUCCAUGCAGGAAUCUGGACCAAAGAAAGUGGCCCCUAUUCAGAGAAGGAAAAAGCCUGCUUCGCAGAAAAAGCGACGGUUUAAGACUCAUAACGAGCACUUGGCCGGAGUGCUGAAGGAUUACUCUGACGUUACUCCUGGCAAAUAGGGAGCAGCUUGCCCCUGAACAAAGAGUUACGAGUACACAAUCAAGAUCCUUCUUCGUGAUGCCUGGGCUCUGAAGACUGACUGUCUUCCCAUUCUGCUUCUGAGGACUGAGGAGAGGAGCAGCUCAGUUUACAGAACAAGUGCAAAUUACCAAACUCAAAGCUUAUUUUGAUUGAAUGGGCUAAUGAGAAAUGUUAACCUUCUGUUACUUCUUGGGAGAAAGGCGCUUCGCAUGGCAUGCAGGUGUCUUUGCUAUUUAUUUCUACUUCUAAAGGGUACCUGGUUCCAUGUUUCCUCUUUUAUUACUUUAGAGCAAGUUUGCAGAUAGUCUUGAAUGCAAUAUUUGUUUAUUCCAAAGGAACGUAUUUAUAAUAAAAUCAUCGUAGAAGGA